UAAGGCUAUCUCUUAUAUCCUCUCUAAAAACAAACAAAAAAAAAAUAUAAAAACAUCAAAUAAUUCAAAAUAAAAUCAUUUUAAGGUGGUGUUGAAGUUAGAUAUUUUCUCUUGUUAGCUUUGUAAUAUAGAUUAUAUUAGUGUUUAUAAUGGAAAAAAGAACAUUGAUCACCUCCAUAUUGCUUCCAUGGUUAAUGUCCAUGGUUGUGAUGGUGACUCGGGCCGAGGAUCCUUACCUUUUCUUCGAAUGGAAGGUUACUUAUGGAACCCUUUCUCCCCUCGGAGUUCCUCAACAAGUUAUUCUUAUCAAUGGACAAUUUCCCGGUCCUAAUCUCAACACUACCACCAAUAACAACAUUGUUCUUAAUGUGUAUAAUCAUCUUGAUGAGCCUCUUCUCUUCCAUUGGAGCGGGAUUCAACAAAGGAAGAACUCAUGGCAAGAUGGUACACCAGGAACAAUGUGUCCAAUACUACCAGGCACAAAUUACACAUACCGUUUCCAAGUGAAAGAUCAAAUCGGUAGUUACUUCUACUUCCCAUCAACAGGAUUCAUGAGGGCUGCCGGAGGAUUUGGUGGGCUUAGAGUUAACAGCCGAUUGUUGAUCCCCGUGCCUUUUGCUGAUCCUGAGGAUGAUUACACCGUGAUGGUAGGAGAUUGGUACAAGGAUGGACAUGUUCAGCUUCGAAAACGCCUUGAUAGUGGUAAGACUCUUGCUAGGCCCGAUGGUGUCCUUAUGAAUGGCAAACAAGGUAAAGUGGGAGACCCUAAGGAAGAGCCUCUAUUCACAAUGAAGCCAGGAAAGACCUACAGGUACAGAAUUUGUAAUGUUGGUAUGAAGAACUCCAUUAACUUUAGGAUUCAAGGUCAUCACAUGAAGCUUGUUGAGCUUGGAGGAUCUCACACUGUACAAAAUGUCUAUGAUUCUCUUGAUAUUCAUCUUGGCGAAUGUUACUCCGUGCUUGUCACAGCUGAUAAAGAGGCUAAAGACUACUACAUGAUCGCUUCCACAAGGUUCACAAAGUACCACCUCCAGGCAACCGGCAUAAUUCGCUACGUAGGAGGAAAGGGAUCACCAUCAACAAUCCUACCCGAGGCACCAGUUGGUUGGGCCUGGUCUUUGAAUCAGUUCAGAUCCUUUAGGUGGAACUUGACUGCUAGUGCAGCUAGGCCUAACCCACAAGGAUCAUACCAUUAUGGUCAGAUUAACAUUACUAGAACCAUCAAGUUGGUUAACACAGCAGGUACCGUUGAUGGAAAACUUCGUUAUGCCAUCAACGGUCACUCCCACACUGACGCUCAAACUCCAUUGAAACUCCUUGAGUACUACCGCGUUACUGAGAAGGAAUUCAAGUACGAUGUGAUCAAGGACGAGCCACCAUCUAAUGUUGAUACCUUAGACAAGUUCACUACCGGGCCUAAUGUACUUAAUGGUACCUUCAGAAACUUUGUUGAGAUUAUUUUCGAAAACCAUGAGAAGAGCAUCCAAUCUUGGCAUUUGGAUGGUUACUCCUUCUUCCCUGUCGCGAUUGAGGUCGGAGAAUGGACACCCGAGAAAAGAAAGAACUACAAUCUGUUGGACGCAGUGAGUAGGUACGCAAUCCAAGUGUACCCGAAAUCAUGGGCAGCAAUCAUGCUGACAUUGGACAAUGCAGGAAUGUGGCAGAUAAGGAAUGAGUCACCAGAAAGGGCUUACUUGGGACAACAGAUGUAUGUGAGUGUCUUAUCUCCAGAAAGGUCAAUCAGAGAUGAAUACAAUCUUCCUGAUAACUCUUUGAUCUGUGGUGCAGUCAAGACCAUGCCCAAACCACCACCUUACAGCAUCUAAUACAUAUAUUUUUUUUUUAAUUAAUUAAAUACACAAAAUAGCAACAAAAAUUUUCUUUUUUUAAAAAAAAUGUGUUGUUGAGUUAAUUUUUAUUUUUAAUGGAAGAAUUAAAUUUGUUUCUGUAGUUGGAAAAAAAAACACAAAGGAAGUACCAUUGGGAUCAAUUGAGUGAGGCAUUUUGUUGUAUUUCUAUUAAUUAGUCUUGGAGUUAUUAUUACAUUGUAUAUCAAAACAAUGUCAUAAUAUGACUACCAAGAAAUUGAAAAAAAGGAACAAUUGUCCAAUAU